GAUCGAUCAAGGAAAUCAGAUAUAUUUUACUCAGAUACGGUAAUUCUUGGUUGAAGAGUAAACCAUCAAUCCAACUCCUCAAGCUCCUCAAGAUCGAGAGAAAGACUUGAAGAAACCAUCAAGAUUAAAAACAUCACAUUGGUUGUUAUCAGUGAUAAUCAACUUCAUCCGAUCAACUUUGCUAGAUUGACCAGAAUACUUGAAUUGCCCUCUCGCCUCAACUCUUGUAGCCUGAACCAGCUCUUCACGCCACCCUCGUCAACCAAAUAACUAAUCCGCUGGUCUCAUCUCCAUCUUCUGUAUCAUUCACUGUCUGUAACCACACGGAAAGAGUAAUUUAAAACUAAUAAGCCUACCAUUUCUUUUUAGGUGGUGUUUUAAGUUCCUGAUCCAAAAAGAAAUUUCCCUUCCCCCCUAAUAAUCUCAAUCUUCCCUUAAAUUUAAUUUCCUUUGCCGUCUAUCCAACAGACGUCUAUCUCUCUCUCUCUCUCUCUCUCCACAAUCAUCACUAUUUUCAAUCUAAUCCACCAAUCAAUCAACACAGAUUAACCACUAAAACACUAAACCAACCAACAAGACUCAUCACUCUCAACACUUCACACCAACACCUCUCUCCUUCUCGCUUGUAUCGAUCUUCAAGCCUCAAGCUUUACUUUAUCAAUCAAACUCAUCAUUCAAUAUGCCUACACUCUUCCGAAAGAAACCUCCGGGACCAUCUUCACCUCCUCGACCCAAUCUUACCCCACUUUAUCAUGCCCCUCCAACUACUAUCACUGCGCCCUCUGAUUCUUCAGCUCCUUCCACUACCACUACCACCACCUCGAAACAGCCUACCGGUCUUCCAAGUCCUCCUCGAUCACCGGAUCGUGACUUUCGUGCUCAAAUUCCUACUCCUGCUGAUUCCGUACCUAUCAACUCUCAUGCUACUCUUCAAACUCUUCCAGCUUCAUCUCAAGCCACAGCCACUGUAGCCGCUACACGUAAGACAAGUUCGCGCUACGCGCUUGCCGACUUUGACCUCAUCCGAACGCUCGGUACUGGGUCCUUUGGUCGAGUUCAUUUAUCGAAGAGUCGGCAUAAUGGACGUGGUUAUGCCAUCAAGGUCCUCAAUAAACAAAAAGUCGUUUCACUCAAACAAGUUGAGCAUACCAACUCUGAGAGGGAAAUGCUCGGUCGGGUUCGGCAUCCGUUCUUAGUCAACCUUUGGGGUACCUUUUCCGAUUCGUUCAACCUGUACAUGGUCAUGGACUUUGUUUCCGGAGGAGAGCUGUUUAAUUUACUACGGAAAUCACAGCGCUUUCCAGACCCAGUAGCCAAAUUUUUCGGUGCUGAAGUCGCAUUGGCAUUGGAUUAUCUGCAUUGCAUGGACAUUGUGUAUCGUGACUUGAAGCCGGAAAAUAUCCUUUUGGCUGCCGAUGGCCACAUUAAAAUCACCGAUUUUGGGUUCGCCAAACUUGUUCCUGAUAUCACAUGGACUCUUUGUGGUACACCCGAUUAUCUAGCACCCGAGAUUGUUCAGUCUAAAGGGUAUAACAAGUCUGUGGAUUGGUAUGCCCUAGGUGUCUUGAUCUUCGAAAUGUUGGCUGGGUACCCCCCUUUCUAUUGUGAAGAAGAGAGCCCUAUGAGAUUAUACGAAAAGAUUAUUGCUGGAAAAGUUCGAUAUCCAUCUUAUUUCAGUCCACAAGCCAAGGAUCUACUCAAAUCACUACUUACAUCUGAUCUAUCGAAACGAUUUGGAAAUUUGGCAAACGGAUCACGUGAUAUCUUUCAUCAUAUCUGGUUUGGAGAAGUAGAUUGGGAACGCCUUUAUCGGAAAGAGAUUCCAGCACCUUAUGUUCCUCGAGUGGCCAAUGAGUGGGAUAGUUCGAAUUUUGAUCAUUAUGAUGAAGCUAGUUUAGAAGAAUAUGGUAAAACUGGACCUGAUCCUUUUGGUGCACUUUUCCCGGGUUUUUGAUCUUGAUCAGAAGACCUCCUUGAAUCUGUUCAGAGCAUCAUACCUCACCAUGAAUCCUCUUUUCUGUCUUUUCUAUCUUGUUUAGAUCACUACUUCUCCAUUGCUAGCUUUUUCUUUCUUUUUUCCAAAGCUACUCUUCACGAUUUCUCAUCAUAUAUUCUCUCCUUUUAAUCAAUUUGUGGUCUACUUGAUUUUUUUGGUGAGGGGGGUUCGAAACGUUCACAACACUUUUGUAACAGCUUGGAUCAUACAGGAUUUGUUUAUUAUUACUUUCUUACUUACUAAUUUUCCUCAAUUAGCAUUCUGGAAAGGAUUUGUUGUGUGUGCGUGUGUGUGUUAAAUUUUCUUCUACCCUUAUUUCCAUUUUGUUUUAAUCUUGUUUGACUUUUGUGAUGUCAUUGUUUAAUCUUGUUCAUUUGAUUGCAUUAUCUUUUUUAUCUGUUUAUUCCAACAUGCUAUUCAUUUUUCUUUUUUUUUGCACGACAUUUUGAUGGUUCUUUUCAAAGGUCUAUUUGCUCUAGUACUUGCCAUUUUCUCUUUGCUUGUAUAAGCUUGCAAGAAUUUGGAAACAG